CUCCACAGCCGGCGAUGUCACAGGUCCAGACCACCCCAUUUAAGGGGGUGGGGGGGGAGUCGGCCUGGGCCUCUGCUCUUUCCAGGUUCCUCCUAGUCUGGAUUCAGAAUGCCUGCAAUGGGGGAAGGGCAGCUAGUGAGACAGUUCACAGUGGGGGUGUGCGCAGGGGCUGCAGUCACCAGCCAGGCUCCCCCACUGGUCAGGCAGUUGGUAUGCUCCAGGAUCUGAGCAGCUCCUUCCAGCAUCCUUCAUCCUUCAGGUACCAGCGUCUGGGCAGUGCCUGAGCUGCCGGAACUGGGACUAGCCCCCGGCAGACCUCUGACCUGACCUCCCCAGUGGACUUCUUUGUAUCAGCUGCUUCUGCUGCUGCCGCAGGUCUUUUCAGCUGCAACUCCCUGCAAGGUGGGGCACCCAUCUCAGGCAGCUUUUGUGCACCCCACUGACAACUCCCCAGGGCUGCUGCUGCCUGUGGCCUCAGGAUGAAAGGGGAGACCCCUGUGAACAGCACUAUGAGUAUUGGGCAAGCCCGCAAGAUGGUGGAACAGCUUAAGAUUGAAGCCAGCUUGUGCCGGAUAAAGGUGUCCAAGGCAGCAGCAGACUUGAUGACUUACUGUGAUGCCCACGCCUGUGAGGAUCCCCUCAUCACCCCUGUGCCCACUUCGGAGAACCCCUUCCGGGAGAAGAAGUUCUUCUGCGCCCUCCUCUGA